UCUCUCUCUCUCCCCUCCAGGUUUCAGAACUAGCUGCAAUCUGAUCUCUUUCUCUCUCCCACCUUAUCUUGUCUCAUCUUAUCUCUCACAUCUCCAUCUCUCCUCAUUUCUUCUAUCAUUGCUCCCUCCCUCUCAAUUUCCUGCGAUCUGAUCGCUCAUCCUCAAUUUCCUGCAAUCUGAUCUCUCUCUCUCUCUCUCUCUCUCUCUCUCUCUCUCUCUCUCUCUCACUCAUCUGGAACAAUGGCGCAUGCGUUUGUUUCAAUGGUUAUAAAGAAACUUGAAGAUGCGGCUGCUUUAAAGGUUAUGAAUGAACUUGGAGAAGAGGUUUAUUUGGUUGGUAAUGCCCGAGCAGAACUUGAAAAGCUAUCUUCUACGUUCGAAUCCAUUCAAUCAGUUCUUAAUCAUGCGGAGAUUAUGCAAUUUAAAGACGAAAGCAUCCGAGUUUGGUUUAAAGAGCUCAAAGGUGUGGCUUACGAUGUGGAGGACAUUCUAGAUGAGAUGAUUCAAUGGCCAGAACCUGGAUCAGGGACCAACGACGGCGACCAUCGACACAUGGGAAACCAGGCAUGGGCGUGCUUAUUUUCACUCUUUUCGUGUUUCGGUCUACCAGAUUGGAUAAGGUUGGCCCACGAAUCAUGUACUGAUAAUGGCAGCAUCGGACAUAAGGUGCGGACUUUUAUUAGCAAAGUCAUGUCACAACGUGAUUUUGCACAUCGGAUAAAAGAAGUAAGGGCGAAGCUGGAUCAGAUUGCAGCUAACAAAAGUACGUUCAGUUUUCCGCCGACGAAUCACAGUUCCGGUGGAGCUAGUGAGCUUUACAAGACCGACUUUCAAACGAGUUCGCUCGUAGAUGAAUCGCACAUGCGUGGGAGGGACGAAGAUAAAAAUAUCAUAGUAAGCAAGUUGAUAAGCGGGAGCAGUUCUGAGGAGGGACGGAUUCAUGUCAUUUCGAUCGUUGGUGUUGGUGGGUUGGGCAAGACGACUCUUGCUCAAUUGAUCUGCAAUGAUGAAAGGGUGACGAGACAUUUCGGUAAGCAGGUUCUAUGGGUUUGUGUAUCUGAUGAUUUUAAUGUCAUAAAUCUUACAAAAGCAAUUACAAAAGCAGCCGGAGGUACAAGUCCGCCGGAUUCUCAGCUAGACUCAUUGCAGAAGCAGCUUAUGGAAACAUUACAGGACAAGCUAUUCUUGCUUGUCCUUGAUGAUGUGUGGAACGAUGAUAGGGAAAGGUGGAAGAAACUAUGGCUUUCCUUGCAAACAGGUGCUCCCGGAUGUAAGAUUUUGGUCACCACUCGCAGCGAGAACGUUGCAAUUACAUGCAGAUGCAGUGAAUCCGCCUACAUACAUAAAUUGAAAGGUUUAUCCGAUGAUGAUUGUUGGUCACUGUUCAGUAGCAGAGCUUUCGCUGAGAGGAAAAUGGAAGAUAGCUUGAAAGAGAUUGGAAAAGAGAUAGUUAACAAGUGUAAAGGAGUGCCUCUUUCAGUAAACGUAAUUAGAGAAGUCAUGCGUUCCAAGGAGACAGCAGAAGAUUGGCGGGACAUCUUGGAAAGUGAAAUAUGGGAAAUACCGGAGAUCGCGGAAGGUAUCUUACCGGCUUUGUUGCUGAGCUAUUAUAAUCUGCCUGUGCAUUUGAAGCCGUGUUUUGCAUAUUGUUCGUUAUUUCCGAAAGAUCAUGUGAUGGAGAAAGAUAAAUUGGUCAAGUUGUGGUUAGCUCAGGGUUUCAUCAAGCCGCAAGGAAGAAGAGAGAUGGAAGCAAUUGGCGAAGAGUACUUUAAUGAUCUUCUGAAGUGGUCUUUGCUCCAAGAUGCGGAUGUAGAUAACGGAGUAACUAAGUAUAAAAUGCAUGAUGUCCUUCACGAUCUCAUCAAAUUCAUUACAAAGAAUGAAUGUUGCAUCUUUGAGAAUGGAAAGACGGACAUCAGCUCUAUUACAGUCCGUCAUUCAUCAUUUAUUGCCACCUGGGAAACCUCACACAUUCCUGCCCCUCUAUGUCAUGCAAAAAAAUUGCGAACACUGCUCCAAAUCGGAAAUUCAGUAAUUAAUACCAUCCCUGAUAAUUUAUUCCAAUGCGCUAGGACCCUUAGGGCAUUGGAUCUCGGUGUUAUUGGCACCAGCAUGUUCAAUUCUCUAACCUCCAAAGCCAGUAUUAAAGAAUUGCCAAGCUCAAUUGGGUUGCUGAAGCAUUUACGAUAUCUUGAUUUGUCUUAUUCAGACAUUGUUGAGCUGCCCGAAUCAGUGAGUAGUCUCCGCAAUUUGCAGACCUUGAAGUUGAAUGGGUGUGCAUGCCUCCAAAUACUGCCGAAUGGGAUGAGUGCAAUGACCUGCUUGAGAGAUCUGGAAAUUAAAGAUACAGGGGAACUAAAGUACUUACCCAAAGGGUUGGGGGGAAUAAGUUCCCUUCGGACGUUGAGCAGGUUCAUGGUGGGAGGUGAUGGAGGAUGUAAGAUUGGAGAGCUUAAACUACUUAACUCUCUCCAAGGAAAUCUAGUAAUACAAAACUUGGAGAGAGUGGGUAGUGGGGAGGAGGCUAUGAAAGCUAAACUGUACAAGAAGUUACACCUUCGUGUAUUGUUUCUUCAAAUGUCACGGGAUGAUAAUUUUGAAAUGUCAGUAGAUGAUGUGGAGAGGAUGGACGAUGUACUUGAAGCCCUCCAGCCGCCCCAUAUAAACUUAAAAAAGCUAGAAAUUGAGAGAUGCAUUGGUUCAAAAUUCCCAACUUGGAUGGAAGAUUUGCCUUUCUCAAAUUUAGUUGACUUGAGAUUAAAGGAUUGCUAUAAGUGUAAGCAGUUGCCUGGGCUCGGGAGACUACCUUCGCUCAAAUUCCUUCUAAUAGAGGGAGGUCUUAUAAAACGUGUGGGCCAUGAGUUUUACGGAAAUAGCUGUGGUGGGGGCAUAAACAGAGAGGCAUUCCCAAAGCUGGAAGAGCUCGAAUUCAGUGACAUGUAUGAAUUGGAGGACUGGGAGUUGAGAUUAGAAGACAAAGAGAUAAUGACGUCUCUGCAGUCAUUAACAAUCAGCAAAUGCCCGAAAUUGAAGGCACUGCCGACAUACCUCCCGAAAAGUCUAACGUCCCUCAAGAUUCAGGAGUGUUCUGAAAUUAGUGGGAUAUUGUCGAUGCCAUUACCAAGCCUCCAAAGCCUCAAGACGUUUCAGAUCAGUUAUUUAGGGAACAUGACAUCACUUCCCGACGGAUGGGAACAAUUGGAGUCACUAGAGAGAGUUACUAUCAGCCAUUGCUCUAGAUUGAGGUCUCUUCCUGGUAAAUUGGGACAGCUCAAGUCGCUUAGGAGUCUCGAGAUCAAUGACUGCCCCGAGUUGCAGUCAUUGCCUCAAGGGUUGCAAGGGCUUAUUUCUCUUCUAAUCUUAGACAGCAGCGGGAUUUUGUCAAGGCCAUUACCGAAACUGCCAAGCCUCAAGAAGUUUCAGAUCAGUAAUAUCGAUAACAUAAGAUCGCUUCCUGAUGGAUGGAAACAAUUGGAGUCACUAGAGAGUCUUACUAUCAAAUAUUGCUAUAAAUUGAGGUCUCUUCCUAAUGAUUUGGUACAACUCAAGUCGUUUAGGAGUCUCGAGAUCAACUACUGCCCCGAGUUGCAGUCAUUGCCUCAAGGGUUGCAAGCGCUUAUUUCUCUUCGAAUCCUCAGCAGCAGCGGGAUUUUGUCAAGGCCGUUACCGAAACUCCCGAGCCUCAAGACGUUUGAUGUCAGUAGUUUCGAAAACAUGAUAUCGCUUCCCUACGGAUGGAAACAAUUGGAGUCACUAGAGACUCUUACUAUCAGCGAUUGCUAUAAAUUGAGGUCUCUUCCCGAUGAAUUGGGACAGCUCAAGUCGCUUAGGAGUCUCGAGAUCCACCACUGCCCUGAGUUGUUGUCAUUGCCUCGAGGGUUGCGAGGCCUUACCAGUCUCAAAAUCAAGUACAGUCGAAAGUUGGCUGAGAAAUGCAGAGAGGAGGAUUGGAGCAUAUCAGACAUCCAAAACAUUGAGAUAUAUUGA